UGGAAAAAGAAUGUAAUGCGGAGAGCUCAACUUAAACGUGAAGCCUUUAAAUCAGAUGAGAAUGUUUUUCGAAUUGAAAUCGAAGAAGAUAAUAAAAAUGACAAUGAAGAAAAAGAAGAAAUUAAAUCAAAAACAUUGGAAAUUUCGGAAAUUGAAUCAAAUUUUAAGGAAUUAAUUAAAAAUGAUCAAGAGACAUCAAAUGAAUUAUUUGAAAUGAAAAAAAAUGAAUUACGAAAUAGUGUAAGAAGACUUACAUUACCAGUGACAAAUAUUGAACUUGAACAAGUAACAUUGAAGAAAUCAAUGAAAAAUUUGUCACCAGCAACUUCACCAGCGUCUUUUUCAAUUUUUAAUUUUAAUAAUAUCAAUAAACGACGACAAAGCAUCACUAAUAUUGCAAUUGGCAAAAGUAUUGCUCCAAGUUUAGCGGGAAUAUUUCCUGAUUCGUCGAAUUUUCUCAAUAAUCAAGAUCAAUUGGGAAUAAAUAAUGUUGAUCUUAGAAGAAGUCUCACUGAUUCUAAUUUAUCGGAUAAUAAUUCAACGACAAUGGCAACAAAUGUUGUGGAUGAUGUUACAAUACCUGAUGGUGAAAAAAAAACUUCAACAACUGGAAGAAGAUGGUCGAGAAUUCCAUUUUUACGUGUUCAAGAUGAUUGUGUUCAUCGAUCACAUCAUCAUCUUAAUAUUCCCAUUAUUACAUUUAAUGGACCAGCAACUUACAGUGGAAGUGGUCGAAAAUUCAAUUUUGGCAUUAGAAGACAUUCACAUCUGACUCUACAUCGGACUGACUCCAUGGUAUCUCUUUGUUAUCGCAAUUUGGCCACUUGCAUUACUGAAGAGAAUCUCGCGGGUCUUCAGAACUUUCUCGAAAACAAGAGAGUUCAAGUCGACGAUCGAGACGAGAAUGGAAGUACGGCCUUGAUUUUUGCAGCUAGUAAAGGAAAGUUAAAUUUCGUGAGAGAACUUAUUAAUCAUGGAGCAGAUGUCAAUGCCGAGGAUGCGGACAAUUGGACCGCGUUGUUGUUUGCGGCAAAGGAGGGAUACGUUGACGUUUGUCUCGAAUUACUCGAACAUGGAGCCGAUCUUGAGCACCGCGAUAUGGGUGGAUGGUCGGCUCUUAUGUGGGCGACGUAUAAAGGAAGAACGAAUACUGUCUCGUUGUUGUUGUCAAAAGGUGCCGAUGUUAAUGCCCAUGGGAAUUAUCAUAUUUCCUCAUUGCUAUGGGCAUCGGGAAGAGGUUAUCCAGAAAUUGUCAAAGACCUCCUUGCACAUGGGGCAAAAGUCAAUGUUGGAGAUAAGUAUGGAACAACGGCACUCAUUUGGGCGGCACGCAAAGGAAAUUUAGAAAUUGUUGAUACUCUUCUUAAACUUGGAGCAAAUGUUGAUACAGCAGGAAUGUAUUCAUGGACGGCUUUAAUAGUAGCGACACUUAAAAAUCAUAUUGAAGUUGUGUCCUUACUUUUGGAGCACAAAGCAAAUGUCAAUGCUUUUGAUAAAGAUGGCACAACGGCAUUGAUGAUCGCUUGUCGAGAAGGUUAUCACGAAAUAGUAAAUGCAUUAUUAAAUACAGGUGCUUACAUUAAUGUUCAAGAUAGAUCGGGCGAUACGAAUUUAAUUCAUGCCGUUAAAGGUGGACAUCGUGGAGUUGUUGAAUCACUAUUAAAAAAAUACGUUGAUGUCGACAUUGCUGGCAAGGAUAGAAAAACAGCAACGUACAUUGCAGUGGAAAAGGGAAAUUUAGCAAUAUUGAAAAUUUUAUUGAGUGCAAAUCCUGAUUUGGAAAUUGGAACAAAAGAUGGCGAUACGCCAUUAUUGCGUGCAGUUAGAUCGAGAAAUGCCGAAAUGGUACAAUUACUUUUGGAUAAAAAAGCUAAAGUUUCUGCAACUGAUAUGAAAGGUGAUACGGUACUUCAUAUUGCAAUGCGUGCACGAUCAAAAGGUAUUGUGGAAAUUCUUCUUAGAAAUCCAAAAAAUAGUCAAUUGCUCUAUCGACCUAAUCGUCAAGGUGAGACGCCUUACAAUAUUGAUGUCAAUCAUCCAAAGACAAUUUUGGGACAAAUUUUCGGUGCUCGUCGGCUAAAUACCAAUGAAGAUAAUGAGAAUAUGCUCGGCUAUGAUCUCUACAGUAGUGCUUUAGCUGAUAUUCUUAGUGAACCUUCUUUAUCAACGCCAAUUACAGUUGGUCUUUAUGCCAAAUGGGGUUCUGGAAAGUCUUUUUUAUUAAAUAAACUGCGUGAGGAGAUGAAAAAUUUUGCGAGACCCUGGAUUGAUCCAGCAUUUCAAUUCUCAUCAUUAUUGUUUCUAGUGAUUACACACGUUGUUCUUUUAAUUGGAAUUACUCAUGGUUUAGCUCUACAAUCUUGGAUAAUUGGUUUAUCCGUUGGUAUUGGUUUAAUAUUUUUGGUCUACAUUUUUUUGAUUCUCAUAUGGUAUGCUAACAAACGGUACGAUUGGUACUGGCCUUACAAUUUCACUGUGGCACUUACUACAAAAAUCAAUUCGCUGAAACUCUUGUUGCAAGUGAUAUUCUGUCAUCCACCGAGUGGUGAAGUUCACGAUGGAAUUACCGUUCAGCCGAUAAAAUUUUAUUUCACUGAUCAAACAAGAGUUGGUACAACAACAGCGGGUGAAAAUGCAGUUGUACAUAUGAUAGGAUCAUUGUAUGAUUCAAUUGAAAAUGAUUUUGGAUCAUUAGCAACACGAUUGUAUAGAGCCUUCAGACCAAAACCAGUUAAAGCAUCAAAUGUUUGGGAAUGGAGAAAAAUGUGUGGCUUGCCUUAUGUAGUUAUAUUUACAAUCUGCUUUUACAGCUUUCUCGUAGGCGUAUCUGUCCUCGCUAUUUACCUCAUUGAUUUAUCUAAAGAAAUAACAACAAUUGAGACUGUCACUGCUCACAUAAUAAUGAUCACUGUUGCUCUCAUAUUGUCCGUGAGCAUUGUUGCAAAUUUAUACACAUGGAGUAGAACUUUUCGCGCUUUAUUUUAUUCACAAAGAAGACAUCUUCAACGUAGCAUAUCAAAAUUAGAAACAUUGAAGAGCGAAGGUUUUUUACAAACUUUAAAAAGUGAAGUUAACCUUAUGACAGAGAUGGUAAAGUGUAUGGAUAGCUUUACGGCUCAACAAAGUAGACUUGUUGUGAUAGUCGAUGGCCUUGAUAGUUGCGAACAAGAUAAAGUCUUAUUGGUACUUGAUGCGAUACAAUCAUUGUUCAGCGACAAUAGCUGUCCAUUUAUUGUGAUUUUAGCUAUAGAUCCACACAUUAUUGCCAGGGUAUUUAAAUAUUCAUUUAAACAAAUUUUUACAAUUACAAUUUAUAAUUAUAAAUUAAUUUUUUUUUUUUUGCAGGCAGUAGAAGUGAAUAGUAGAAGACUUUUUAUAGAUUCAAAUAUAGGCGGUCAUGAUUACUUAAGAAAUAUGGUGCAUCUACCAUUUUAUUUGCAAAAUAGUGGUUUGCGAAAAGUUAAAGUCGCACAGCAAACAGCACAGCAUAGUAAUAAAAAACUUGCAUGGAAUGAGGCUGAGGAGAGUGUAAAUUAUGCUGCGUCCAGUAGUAUUCAUCGAUCAGUUUCAAAUAGAAGAUUAAGCACCGAGUCGGGUGUAAUGAGUAGUAAUGAAAAAUUGAAACCACCAAGUCGAAAGGGUAGUAGAAAAUUACGUUUAAGUGAAUCGAUAGCAAGCAGUAUUGGCAGUAAUCUCAAUCGUCUUGGUGGCGCUCAAGAUUUAAAUAAAAUGCUCCUCACGGACGAUUAUUUCAGUGAUGUUAAUCCUCGAAGUAUGAGACGACUUAUGAAUGUUGUCUACGUUACUGGAAGGUUACUCAAAGCAUUCCAAAUUGAUUUCAAUUGGUAUCAUCUCGCUAGUUGGAUUAAUAUCACUGAACAAUGGCCUUUUCGUACUUCGUGGUUAAUACUUUACUAUGACAGCUGUGAGGAAAAUUUGGACGAUUCAAUGUCACUUAAAAGCCUCUACGAUAAAGUUCGGCCCCAAAUUCCAGUUUUAAAAGACGUGCAACCACUGCUUGAAAUUGAUAGAGAUGAGCGUAAACUCGAUGUUUUUUUAACAUUUCAUCGUUCGAGUUUAUUGAUCAGUGAUAUGAAAAUUUUCCUACCUUUCACAAUUAAUCUUGAUCCCUAUAUUAAGAAAAAAAUCAAGGAGGAACAACAAAGUUUGGACGAUGAUUCAAAUCAUCAAUUUUAUAAAUCUUUACAGCCAUGGAAUGUUACUGGUCAUAAUGAACAAUUAUUGUCAAAUAGAAAUGUUUUGACAAAUAGAUUAGCUAGAAUUAAUAAAAAUAAAACGCCUCAAGUAACGCAAAUGCCAACAUUAGCACCAAAUUGGCCUAUUCAACCUGGAUUCAAUUGGCAAUUUCAACAUUGGCAACCACCACCACCACCAAUGGAACCGUUACCAAAACCAAUUUCUGCAACCACAUCUCUACCUCCGGAAAUUAUGGAGAUAAGACUUUCAGCUUUAACAGUGAAUGGUUUAUGUGAUUUAUUAGACAAAAUUGAUGAUCUUAAUCCAAAUCAAGUUCAAUGUUAUAAAGAAAUUAUUAAACAAAAUAAUAUAACUGGCAAAGUGUUACUUCAUUGUGAUUUGCAGGAACUUAAAAAGGUACUUGAAAUGUCAUUUGGCGAUUGGGAACUAUUUCGAAUGGUGGUGAUUUCAUUGCGAGAACAAGAGCUUUCGUCAUUUUUAAUUCAAGAUGAAGGACCACGAAGUGUACGAUUUACAGUUGGCAAUGAUCAAUUAGUUAGAAAAGAUCACACUGGAAAUAAUCCACCCAGAGUUACGCCUCACAUUGAAAAGGAAAAAUCCAGAACUGAUGGUCCACCAAGAAGAGAUUCGAUUAAACAAUCAAUUAUGGAAAAACAAGUAACACUGGAGGAACAAAUGAUUUGUGGUGCAUUACAAACAUUAAAUGAAGAGGCUUGCGAGGAUGUUUUUGAUGUGCCAUCGCCAGCUGCAGUGCCGCUGGACUCACUUCCAGGUGAUCGAACGAGAUCGAGAACAUCAAGUAUAACAGCACCUGAUACUGAAUAUGUGAUUCUUCAAUCAAAUCCAUUAUUGCAUUGGAUUCCAGUUCAAGAUGAUCUCGAGAGUAUUGAUGACAGUUCACAGGAUUCAAAUAGUCAAAUAAUGCGUUGCAGUGAUUCACAACGAAGUAUAAUAUCACAAAUUAGCGUCAAAUCAAAUUCAUCUUAUGGUCGAUUGCAAAAUUGCUCAAAAAAUAAUAGUGUCAAUAAUAUAAUUUGUAGUCGACCAUCGUCAUUAUUAAUUUCACCGCCAGCAUCGCCACGACCAGCUUUUCGUUCAAAAUCCACCGAUGACAAUUGUUAUAAUAUUAAUGAUCAAAUUUCACAAAAUUAUCAAAAAAUUAAUUCCACACCAAAUAUUAUUGAUCAACAAGAAUCACCGAAAACAAUUUCUAUUCCAAUUCCCACAUCAUCAUUGGGGAAAUUUAGUAAAAUAAAAGAUUGUUUUAUAGGAUCAUCAUCAUCAUCAUCAUCUAUUGCAGCAAAUCGACAAAUUGGCGAUGAAAGUGAUGACGAUGAAUCAACACCAUUGGUUUCGGAACUUUCAUCGCCAUCACAUUCAAAUUCCGAUAAUGUUUUUCGAAAUGACGUUAGUCCCUGUGAUAGUAACGAUUUUUCACAAUCUUCCGGAAGAAGUUUAUCAAAAAGUGGUGGUGGAGGACAAUCGUGUGAUAUUGAAGAUUUAGAAUCAAUGAGUCUUAUGGCUCGUGAUAAUUCAAGGACAAAAUUACUCUCACGACAAAAAGCCGAAAACUGGGAUAAUCCCGAAACACCAGUUUGAUAUUUCAUUUAUUUAUGGAAUUUUAAUUUGUACUUAAUUUUAAAAAUCGUAGCUUCUUUUUAUAAAUUUUAUUUUCAUUUAUAUAAAAAAAAAUCAUUUUAAAAAAUGAUUUUUAUAAUUCAUUUUUUUUUUGUACACUUACAGAAGAAGUUUUAUUUUUUAAAAAUAAAUUAGUUUUUUUAAUGUUAUAAAAAUAGUGAUUUAGAAAAUGUGAUUUUUUUUUGGUAUUAAAGUUAGUUUUUAAUGUUUAACGAACAAAAGAUUUCUUAUUUAGGAUAAAAUGUUUCCAAGUCAAUUGAAUUGAAAAACACAUGAUUUCAAAAACCCGGUAUAAUCCAGUUUGGUUUAAAUUAAAAUUUUGUAAAUUGGUUUAAAAAAAAAUGAAUUGGAUUUUUUUUUUAUACAAAUGGAUAUGUCAGUAUUAUAUAUUGUGUUAUAGGAAUAAUUUUAUAUAAAAUAAAAUGAAUAGUAAAGGUAUAAUUUUUAAAGUAAGUGCCUUAAAAUAAAUUGCAAAUUAUUUUUAAUCUGCGAGAUAAUUUUUAAAUACUGUUAGGUGUAUUAAACAAAUUAAAUCGCUAUAUAGGAGCAUUAAAGAAAAAUAUUUCCUUUAUUUUUAUACACCUUGCAGUAUAAAAUGUUUUAAAUAAUAAAAAAAAUAUAUAUAUAUAAAUGGGCGAGGAAUUUUCUGCUUUCUAUUUGUAUUAAAAGUUGGCCUAAAUUUUUCAGCAGCUAGAUAUAUUUAUAAUGUAAACUUUAUUAUAAUUUCAUCGAAAAUAAGGGUAUUUCUAUUAAAAAGGACUUUAUUUUCUCUAUAAAAAUACUGUUUAAUUUUAAUGAAUUAAUAAAUGUAUGAAAAAAAAAAAAUUCCAAAUCUUUUAAUUCUCCUUUUAUAUCAAAUCUUUCAAAAUAUUGAACGUUUAAGGACAAGAACAACAAAAUAAUUUUUUUUGUAUUAUUUAAUAUAUUUCUGAAAAAUUGCUUAUAUACCGAAGACUUGUUUUUUUUUUAUACAUAGGCAUGAGUGAUCAUUCUAUAGCGAAUAAGAAACUCUCAAACGCUAAUAUAUAGUGGACAUAUUUUUUUUUCCUUUUAAUAACUGUAAUAAAUUCAUUCAUACGAUUUUACGAGUCAGUCAUAGAAAGUUAGUGUCGCAAAUGAAAGAUUUUUUUUUUUUCAAAAUGCCUCCUCCACCAAUGGAAUAAGGAAAGAAAAAUUUCUCUGCUAAAAGAAAAAUGAAAACUGAAAUCAGUUUUCAGUCUUUUAAAAAUUUCAGAAAAAAAAAAUAAUUCCAAUUUUCUCCAUCAAUAAUUAUUCUAUUUUUAUUUCAGAGAAAAUUAUUUUCCUCAUUAUCAAAUUUUUUUAUCAACUACAGAGAAAAUUUGUCAAUAUAAAAAAUUUUCCGUGACGCGGAAAAAGUGAUAAAAAUUUCUACCGGUAACAAGCAACUUUGUCGAAUGUAUUUUCUUUGAGAAAAAAAGAAAAAAAAAAAAAAAAAAAAAAAUAUGAAAGUUUACGUAAAACAGUCUACACCUUUGGAUCGUGAUGUUUUUUUUCACGCUCGGAAAAAUCAGUGGAUAUUAAUAUUAUAAGUGUUUGUGUGUGAUAAUAAAAAAAAAAAAGUAAA